AUGCCGGAUGCCAGCGCGGAGGGUGUGGAGCUGGUGCUGCUGGGAGCCGAGCCGAGUCAGCCAGAAGUUGCAAGCCUCGACGCUGAUCGUUUGAUUCCAGCAAGCUGGACUCUGCCACCUCCCAGCGCGUGGCCACCCCGCGCGCCCACGCGAAGGAGGUCGAUGCUCACGGAGGUGGCGAGCAGAGAGUCUCAGAGAGGCUCCAUGCCCAAGUGUUGGAAAGCGAAACUGACGGUGGUCCUGUACACCUUCGCACGCAUUGUUGCCAAUUUGGUGGUAUUUGCAAGGGUGUAUACACACUAUCAACAUUGGUUGAAUGGGAGUUGUGGAAAAUUAGAUGAAUGGGCAUGUCGCCAACGUGCCAGCAGUUAUUCAACACUCACCUGGGGCCUCCUCUGCGACAGCAUCUUGAGGCCCUUAGUUACAGGACUGGGACUCUAUGUGCUGCUUCAUCGCAGUGAUCGCUUGUCUGCCAAGUCACCGCUGCACCUUUUGACCAGAGCGGUGCUCUUCUGCCUUGCUUCUUUUCACUGUGACUUCAGCGUGACCCAAAUUUCUGGCAGCUCGAACUGGAACGACGGUGGUGGUCUUUGGCUGCUGUUGCCGUGGGAAGUGCUCUGCAACUCUAUGCAGCUGCACAUGACAAAUUUAAAACUGCAUGCACUGGGGUGGCAGCUCACUGCACAAGUCUGCAAGGCGUUGAUGCUUGGAAUGCUGCUGGCUUGGUCAGCUUGGGGGUUUCUGUGGGGGUACUUCCGCUAUGGCCCACCAGGAGCAGAGGUCUCGUUUUACCUGUGCCCCAUGCUGCUCAUCUUGGAGUUUGUCGGGUUGUUUUACUCAGCAAGCAGAGCUCUUUUCUUGGGUUGGCAAGAUGAUGCCAUCAGAGCCACUGCGUGGUGCCUGUACAUCAACUCCUUGCUGCUAUGGGUGGGGCCAGUCCUCAGUUUUUGUGGGUUUUUAGGUUUUCACUAUGGGCAAAAUAAUGCAACAAAUGUGGAUCCAAACUUUUGGUAUGGACUCUUUCAGACAACAAAAGAUUCCUGCCUGACUUUGGACAUUGGUUUCCAAGUGGUGAAUGUGCUGCUGCUCAGUGGAAUUGUCGGCCCCCGGCAGUGGCAAGAGCCCAUGGCGGCUUUUCAAAGGCUGGCAGACCUGCAGGGUUUCGGCCUCGCUUCCAAACGCAUUGCCUUCCCCGGGCGGCUGAACCCACAGUCCGAGGAUUGCGUCGUAUCGUUCCCUGGCAAGUACAGCCAACAAUGGGACAAGGCAGUGUCUACUGCCAAGACACAGCAGGGCUUUUCGCUUGCAUGUGUGUUCCUCACGGACCGUGCGUCUGGUUUGGGCGAGCACGUCGAGAAUCCAGAUGCGCCGGGUGAGUGCUGGUGCCACGCGAUCUACGGGCAGUUGCCUGCCUCAACCUACCUGGCCGUAGUCGAUGUACGACCAGAAUCUGCAGGUUGCUGCCAAGUGCUGGGAGGGCUGGGACGGCAAGGCCUCUCGCAACAGGACUUGGAGUUCAAACGAGCAGAUGCCGAGGCCAUGGGCCAGCGCCUAGUCGUCCGACGGAAUCAAGCAGACUGGGAAUGGGAGCGAGAGCUCCGAGAAGCCGAAGAGGACGCCCGCAGGCGCUGCGCGGAGAACCAGGGCCUGGCUCCUUGGGGAUGCAAAUGGUUCGAGGACUGGCGCAGGAACGUCCAGAGAGCCGUGGAGCUGAAACAAAGUCUUCACGUCUUCUACUUCGAGGGCCGUACUGGUCAGGGCAAGCUGGAUUGGGAUCAGCUUCCCUGUCAGGAGGCGAAGGAGCGCGUGCGGCUUGAGAGCGGCUUGGGUGCCUCCCAGACAGCUGAGGUGGCCUACUUGGACAAGAUGGGCUAUGCCUAUGUGGAACAUGACAUCCGCAACUUCCAUCAGUUGGUCUCACCUGCAAGCACGGCAAGUGCAGAGCCGGACCAAGCAUCGCAAGCUCCUGCGCCGUGA